GGGGAGAGGGCGCGAGAGAGAAAGGGUGGGGGGUGACGUCAUGGCAUGGUGCCCCGUCCAUGUUUGGCGGAGAAGAAGUUUGUGUUGCUUCGUCAAACUCCAGACACCAGUGGUUUGGGCAACAACCAAAAGAUUAGGAGAAGCAAAACAGACUUUUCAUAUCACUUUAAGGCUUGUCAUGUCAACGUUAUGUUUUAUUGAAGGUGAACUUGCUUAAUUUAUCCUCAUUUAAAGAGAGCAGAGCGGAUUUAUCCCCCACUAACGUUUAAAUUAACGGCUAAUUAUUGUGUCGUUUAGUAGCUUCAACCUGGAUGGGGUGUUGUUGUUGUUGUUGUCCGUAAUUGAUAAACAAGCUCCUUAUUCUUCGGAGAGUCUCGCAUCCUCCGCCGGGUGAUAGCGUAUGAGUCGUGUCGAGGCAGCGACGAGGGGUCGGGGGCUCCGCCAGCAGAGCCGGGCUUCAGCAUGAGGAUGCCCCGAGAAGGACGCCUGUUACUGGCGAUGUGCCUCUGCUCGCUCUUCGUUCUCGUGCUUUACUUUCAGAGCAUCACCAAACCAGAACCUGGGGUGAAGACGGGCAGCAGUCCAAGGAAAAGCAGGAGAAGUCCACUGCAGACGCUCUACAAUGGAGACCAGCAGGAGCUGGUGGAAGCUCAGAGGUCCCUCCAAGGCCGCAGGGAGGUGUUGGAGGAGGCGUGUCUGAGCCACAUGAGGAAGCGGCAGGUGCUCUCGCCUGAGGACCUCAAACACCUCAUUGUGGAUGAUAAACACAGUCUUAUUUACUGCUAUGUACCCAAGGUAGCAUGCACCAAUUGGAAGCGUGUUCUCAUGGUCCUCACCAGCGACGGCCGCUACACCAACCCCCUUGCCAUCCCUGCAAAUGAGGCCCAUGUGGCGGGUAACCUCCGCACGCUUUCCGAAUUCUCAGUCCCUGAGAUUAACAAGCGCCUCCGCAGCUACCUCAAGUUCAUCUUCGUGCGGGAGCCCUUCGAGCGCCUGGUGUCCGCCUACCGCAACAAGUUCACCCGUAGCUACAACACUGCUUUCCACAAGCGCUACGGAACCAAGAUCAUCCGCAGACACCGGCCCCACGCGGAGCCUGAGGCACUGGAGAAAGGAAAUGACGUUUCCUUCCACGAGUUUGUCCAGUACCUGGUGGACCCUCGGACCCAACGCGAGGAACCUUUUAAUGAGCACUGGGAGCGGGUGCACUCCCUCUGCCACCCAUGCCUGAUCCACUAUGAUGUUGUGGGGAAAUAUGAGACUCUGGAGCCGGAUGCUCAGGCUGUGCUCAAGUUGGCCGGAGUGGAGGGAACACUUCAAUUUCCAACAUCUGGUAAGAGCACCAGGACUGAUGGCAACAUGGCAGCACGCUUCUUUAAGCAUAUCAGUCCUUUCUACCAGAAGAAACUGUUCAACCUGUAUCGGAUGGACUUCAUGCUCUUCAACUACUCCACACCGGAGUACCUCAGGACUCGAUGAGGACCAGAGAAAAGACGAUAGACAUCAGUGCCAUGGAUGAAGCAGCUGUGAUAGCAACAUUGUGUUAGUGAUGGAUCAUUUUGCACUUUUUUGGUUACCGUGGGCUUUUCAUCCCUGCCAAGAGUGGACCGUCACAAGACUUUCACUAUCACUCCAACAAAAACACGAUUUUCUGGUUUCAGUGAGUGGAACUUUUUAAACGGAACCAACUUCGUUCAUUUGAAGAAAAGACAGAUGACAGAUCACAUUUGUCAGUUUGCUUCCCAGUGUGAGAAGUGUGUUUUGAAGUUCAGCAGAACAGAAUGCAGGUUGUGUUUGAAAAUGCACACACAAACUGUCUUCACUAAGGGGCCCUUUCUGUCGGGGCUUUAGGGUUCAGUUAGAACUCAGUAUUUAUUUUUGAUUCACCAGAAUGCUAUUUCUCACAUCGUCAAAUUGAGCGAAACUUUCUUUGACCUUCACUUUCGUUGUUUGUUACAUGUGGUCGUCGAGUCGAGGCGUGACAUGCCUUACUAGCAUCCCUGCGGUGCCCACUACAGUAAAACGUUCUCCCAUGGCUUGUUUUCCUGAGAAUUAAUGAGCCAUAAAUGAAAGCCACACUUUCAGAGGAGCAGGUUCCACUCUUGCAUGGGUAUGCAGGUAAAUGUGCUGACUGUGAAACUGAGCACAGCAGGUUCAUUCAAAACACCUGGUUGGCAUUUAUGUACGUGUGUCAGUGUAUAAAGUAUUUAUUGUUAUAGAACAUUGUGUGGUAGUGAGGAUCAUGGCUCAUGAUUUUGUGAAAAUGAAUUUUAUAUAAAAGAAGAGAGAGUGUUUUUUGCAUGGAAAUGUAUUUGCUGUCUUGGCUUUUGCACAUAAACUCAUGCCAAAUAGAAAUCUUCUAGACAAAACUCAUCAUAUGCUACUCUUUUUUAACUUUCCACUCCUCGGAUCAAACCGCUCUUCCCUGGGCUUGUCUUACCAUCACAGCACUCGUUGACACUAUCCUAAAUGUUAUAUCUGAGAAUAAUUCCCAGGGAAACUUGCAGUCACUCCUUACUUCCAGUAAAAGCUUGUUGCCAUCCCUCCUGUAUCGCUGUCUGUAUUUAGCUCUGGGCAGGUAGGCUGAACAAACAACCACAUAGCUGUGGUUGGGGCUGGGCCCAGCCCAGCACUACCCCUCGUCAGAGCUCGCCUUGUUAGGGUGAAUGCAGGCACCUACGGUCAUCUCCACUGCAAGGCCUUUUUCAGCAAAUGUGGCGGAAUUUACGGUAAAUAAUACGGCGGGUGAAUGUAGGAAAAUGUUUAUUAAUGGCCCGUACUGUGAAAAAAUCAGGUGUGUCUUCAUAUGGUUUUAAAUGAUUUAAGGGGAAGUCCACCAAUUUUACACACACAAGUCCGAUUAUAAUUCUUUGUGGGGACUAUGGUUGAAUACGGUUUAGGCUAAGAGACUGCAAGUUUUAAAAGGACCAAUCUGGAGUUAAAAAGAAGUGAUCUUAUCAGACCGUGGAGUGCGCUCCUCAAAUCUGAGGCACACGAGCUGCUACUAACAUAACCUACCCAAAUCCCCAAUCAAUUGCAUUGUGGGUAAUAUGGCUAUCAGGUGUUGACAAAGAAGACGAAGAAUGCCUGGAAUAUAAAUAGAUUUUCUUUCAACUGUUCUUCACGGUCCAACAGUGUUAACUUAAUGCUAAAUCAGUGGAGUCUUAAAUCCAUUAUUUGAAAAAGAUGUGAACUUAAUCACCUGUUGUUGUUUGUUAGAUUGUCUUUGAAAAAAAAGCCAUUUAAGAAUGUGUGUAUAGAAAACUUCAUGUGAAAUUGAAUUGUUUGUUGAAGUACACAUGUUGAUGCUUAAUGUUUUCCAUUUUCAGUUUACAAGGAGGUUUGAUGAAAGAUUCAUUUCAUGUCAUUUGGCACUGGUUACAUGAAAAAAACUGAAAAAAGAAACCCUGAAAAACAGGGUUAUCACAGCCAUAAGCAAUACAAGUAUUUCUAAUGACUUCCUACAUUUCCCAUUGUGAAAAGUGAUUUUUACUCCAAUUUACAGGCCUGUCGUGCUUAUCAAGACACAAUCUAGACAAUCUAAUCUCCUGGAUGAAUCAAAAAACAACAAACGCUGGGAUUCAUCUGGUCCUGACACAGCUACACACACAGCUAUCCGUGAGAACAACAAUAAUUCAUUUCAAAACAACAACAACAAAAGUCCCAAUUUAUAUUUAAGACAAAAAAGUCUGGAUACAACAAUUUGAUUUAGUGCACGUCCAGACAAGUUGGCAUUGUACUAGCAAUAAUUUCAUCUCUUUGUCUUCCAGAUUUCUUGCUUAAGACUGGAAACAAUGCUUUUUCUUUUCUUUUUUUUAAAUGCCCGUAGUCAUGCUUUAAAAAGUGCAAUAUCUCUGUGGGAGUAUCUGUAAUGUGUUAAAAGCUGUAUCUUUAUAAGUGACUUCCUCUCUCAUUCAAGCCUUAAAUUUGUGCCAUCACGCCACAUUUUCUUUUUCUGUUUGGCUAUGAUUGUAGCCAUGGAUUACAGGGUUUUCAUUGUAAUGCUUCCCUUUGUAGCAGUGUGUGAUUUAAGACAUGAUUUGCAAGACGAAGCGACUUGCCAAAACCCAAUCACACCCUUCAUGUUUUUUCUUCUUACUGGCUCAACGAAAUGCUGCACAAGAUAUAUGUUGUACCUUUUUAAUUCUCCUUUUAAAUCUUUCUUUCCAGGAAAAUAGAGAUAAGAAGUAGCUUGUUCUUUCAAAGGGAUGAAACAUACUGAACAUGUCCAGACGCUGCUGCAUGUGAACAGUUAGGCAGACAUCUUCAGCCAUUUCUGUAGAACUGUUCCCUUUAGUCAGAUCUGUGACUUGGAGAGUCACUGUGAAAUAGUGAACAGAGCACAAUUUGAAAGAACCUGUCAUGCACCAGUUUAGUCGUGCCACAAAACUGUGAAUGUGAUAACUUGAUAACUGAAGUGCACUUGCUGAUGUGAUGUUUGACUGGAUGGUAACCUUGACGUGCCAACAAAUACAAUCCCUUUACAGCA